AUGACUUCGAAGGGGAAUAUUUUUUCCUGGUGUAAUGGCCAAUAUGGCCUUGCUCGUUCUUGGGCAAGGUUGGACCAUGCUCUCAUGGAUGCCUUGUUCCUGUCGGUAUUUUCUAAUGCUAUAUGUGCUUAUUUGCCUCGCUCUACUUCGGAUCAUGCUCCUAUGAUUAUAGAGUUGAAGAAAGACCCUUGUUCUUAUGGUCCUUCCCCUUUUCGUUUUCAACAAAUAUGGGUUGAACACCAUAAUUUUCUGGAUUGUGUUCGGCAAGCUUGGUCCGUUCGGGUUGAUGGUAUGGCUAUUCAGAAUUUGGUUAUCAAGUUGAAACAGACAAAAUUAGCCUUGCGGGCUUGGAAUAUUAGGGUUUUUGGUCACACUUUGGAACGGAUCUCUACUCUUGAAAAUCAGAUUGAGGAGCUUGAACUUCAAUCUCAAUUAAAUUCGGAUGAUAAUCUUGAUAGAGAUUUACAGAUGGCCAAUGCUGAGUUGGCAACGUGGCGUCAUUGGGAAGAAAUUGGCUUAAGCCAAAUGGCAAAAGUAAAAUGGGCGACGGAGGGUUACCGGAAUACCAAGUUUUUUCAUGCUUGCCUAGCCUUAAAGAGGAGCAAGCGGCUUCUUAUUGAGCCAACUUCCGAGCAACCUAAUUUUGAUGGACUUAUUGAUCCGGUUAUUUCUGAUGAGGAGAAUGCCUCCUUGCUUUGUGCUCCUUCAUUGGAGGAAGUAUAUGAUGCUUUGUCCUCUAUUCCAGUUAACAGCGCUCCUGGCCCUGAUGGUUUUGGGUCUGGAUUUUAUAAAAGUUGCUGGGAGGUGGUUAAAAAUGAUUUGUGGAAAGCAGUGUUGGAAUUCUUUGACUCUAAGUCUCUACCGAAGUUUUUUACUGCUUCUUUUUUGGUGCUAAUCCCAAAAGUGGACUCUCCAACAGGUUUUGAUAAGUUCCGUCACAUCAGUCUUUGUUCGGUUUUUUAUAAACUAUGCCCCAAAAUUAUUGUCAACCGGUUAACUGGCCUCCUGCCUCGUCUGGUCUCAAUGGAACAAGGAGCCUUUAUUCCAGGUAGAAGUAUCUUUGAGAACAUAAGUCUCACUCAGGAAAUGGUUCAGUCUAUUAAUAAGAGGAAUCAUGGCAGCAAUAUUAUGUUAAAAGUAGAUAUGACAAAAGCUUAUGAUCGUUCCCUGGUAUUCAGUUAUGAUGAAUGGGACAAUAAAAGGUUUCUUCCUAGGAGGCCGUGGCAUAAGACAAGUAAAAUUUCCCAUUCUCGAAAGAGGCGUCUUCUCUGCAACACUGGCUUCUUAGAGGGUCACUUUCCUCUUAAAUAUCUUGGAGUGCCCAUUAUGCUGGGUCGUCUUAAGCAAGUACAUUUUGAAGAUAUGAUGAAUAAAAUGAGGAAAAAACUCAGUGGUUGGAAAAUGCGACUACUUUCUUCUGGAGGGAAACUGAUUUUAUUACGUCAUGUUAUUUCAAGCAUGGCACUUCAUCUUUUUACUGUUUUUCAUAUUCCUCAAGUUGUCAUAAAUAAGAUAAAUCAAAUGAUGGGUUCAUUUUUUUGGGGCGAGUCAAAUGGGAAGGAUAAGAAGAAAUGGUUAGCUUGGAAACAUAUGGGUAUGCCUGUGGUAGAAGGAGGUAUUGGGGUGAGGCUUCUCCAUGAGGUUCAGACAACCUUGCACAUAAGGUUUGCCUGGAAUCUUCUACGAGCCCUAAUUCGGGGUAAGGAUGUUCUUAUCUGGACCCAACCAGAGGAAGGGAUGUUUUCAGUUCAGUUUGCAUGGCAGUGUAUUAGAGUCAGAGGAGCUUCUUUUGAAUGGCAUUCUUGGAUUUGGCAUAAAAGUCUUCCAUUGAAAAUGUCUAGUCAUUUCUGGAAGGCAUGGCACAGGGCUUUGAGUGUGGAUGAUAGGCUGCGUUGUGUUGGUAUUUCAAUUGUUUCCAAAUGUGAUUGUUGCUCUAUUGGUCAUUAUGAAGACAUAAAUCAUGUUCUCUUCGAGGGUGAUUUCCCAAAAAAAAUUUGGUUAACUUUCUCUAAUCUAUUUGGGUUACCAAUGGGUAGAAAUUGGGAACAGCAUGUUUCCUCUUGGUUCCGGCGUGCUAAGUCGUCUUCUCAGGUGGGGGUUAUUAUGGGCCUCAUGCCUGUCAUUAUUACCUGGAGACUUUGGAGGCGAAGAUGUCUAGCACGAAUGGAGGGCUCUUUAGAAUCGUAUGAUACGGUUAUCAAGUCAAUCUCUUUUUGGGUUCGGUCGCUUGGUCUUAUGGGUGAUAAGUAUUAUAAUUUGUGUCGUUUUGAUGGCAUGAUUCUGGAGGCUUUACGUAUCAGACUAGUUCCUUUAAAAGAAAGGACUUGUAAAGUGGUGCAAUGGCAUAAACCUCCUCUAGGAUGGUUUAAACUAAACAUAGAUGGGAGUAGUCUUGGGAACCCGGGCUCUUGUGGUACUGGUGGUGUUAUUCGCAAUAAUACUAGAUAG